AUGGAAAUUGACGGUAGAGCUCGUAUAUCCGGUAAACGACCGAUCAUCAUGGUCACCAACGACGACGGUAUAGGCGCGCCUGGCCUUCGUUCUCUUGUUCGCGUCCUCGUCUCUACCAACCUCUACGACGUUCUCGUCUGCGCCCCUGAUUCGGAGAAAUCUGCUGUUAGUCACAGUAUAAUAUGGAGUAGACCACUCACUGCACAAAGAGUUGAAAUCGAUGGAGCUAUAGCUUAUGCUGUUUCUGGAACCCCUGCAGAUUGCACUGGUUUGGGUUUAUCGGGAGCUCUCUUCCCUUCUCUUCCUGACCUGGUUCUUAGUGGUAUUAACGUGGGUAGCAACUGCGGAUAUAACAUCGUCUAUUCUGGAACUGUUGCUGGUGCUCGCGAAGCCUUCUUGUAUGAUGUACCUUCGAUCUCCAUAUCAUAUAAUUGGAAACGUGGAGAGAUCAAUGCCAAUGAUUUUAUCCUUGCUGCGGAAGCUUGUUUGCCUAUUAUCAGUGGCAUAAUCAGUGCGAUCAAGAACAAAACUCACCCUACAAAUUGCUUUCUGAAUAUUGAUUUGCCAACUGAUAUCGUUAACCAUAAGGGAUACAAACUAACAACACAAGGUAAAAGCAUGGGUAAAAUGGGAUGGAGACAAGUGGAAGAGGAAGCACAAGGACCGAAAAUGUUGUCAACAAUGCAAAUGGAAACAGAGUCAGGAGUAGUGUCAGACAACGGCACAUCUGCUCGUUCUCAAGAUAGCCGUUUAUUCAAGAGAGAGUUAAGGACUGUGGUGGUUGAAGAAGGGACUGAUCUUCACUUCCUACGAGAAGGAUUUAUUACAGUGACGCCGCUUGGAGCUCUCUCUCAUGUUGAUGUGGAUUGUCAAAACUACUACAAAGAAUGGCUUCCAAAGGUUGCAAACCAGUCAUAUUCCUCAUCCUUGUGA